AACGCGCAGUUGGUGGCCGAGCUGCACUCCUGGAGACUGCGCAAGAAACUCGCUCCGCACCUGCAGGUGAAGAAGGACAUGGGCAAUGCCUCCCCGUCGACAGACCACAAAUUACUCGAGCAGGUGAUCGGAGAGGUGAUCCCAGAUAUGCAGGGCCAGCUCUUUCUGCGGCAGAGGCACCGAGAAUCUGUUAUGGAGAUUCAAGCUGGCGAGGGGCGCGGCUUCUUUCUACCUGCGCGCGGAGCGGGCGUGGGCGACGACAACGCGUGUGAGAUGUUUGUUCGUUAUGUUGUCAAGCCGCUGGAAGCCUGGAAUCAUAUCUCGAGGAUGCGCCCCCGCGACGUCGUGGACACAGGCUGGGGCGGAUCUGUUCCACUCAUGGAGGUCGCGACGCUGAUUGACUCGCCCGUCCACGGGGAGCAGAUUGACAUAUCAAUGCGAGACUACGCGGAUGACGUCUCGCAGACACUGCCGCUACCUGACGGCAACCCACUUCGGGCUGCUAGGAUUGCCUUCUCGGGAGUUAUGCACAGCGCGGCCUACCCGGGCCUAGAGGUCUACCUUUUGGGGGAGAGAGAUUCCGCGAAGCUAGACUCUGUCAUCGUGGGGUUCGCCAAAGUAGCGCUUCGAGGGGUCGCGCGGCGCGCGGGGCCAGCUGGGGAUCGUGUUCGAAUCCCUUCCGCUUGGGUGAUGCACAAAAAGCUGAGAAUAGCUGAUGCCAGGACAGAGUUGCUGAUUCGACGUCUUGGUUACUGGCAGCGCCUGGCGUUUCGCCCCGCGGUUUCUGUUCAGGUUGUUGCGGCGCUCUUCGGGCAGUUCGCAGCGCUCGGUGAGUCUCCGACGUUCGCCCCCUCUGGGCGGAUCCGGCCUGGCGCCAACCCCUGGGCUCAGCAGCUUCAGAAAGAUGUCCAACUCCUGGAGGUCCUCCCCCAAGGUAAGUACUCCCUGGACAACGGUUACACCAUCGGGGACAUAUUCACUAACUUUAGAGUUGCAUCGCACUUCAGGAGCAUAGACGUCAAGGGCUUUAGGAGGGCUUACUGGGAGCAGGCUCGUAAUGAACCCCUUCGGCUUCCCUCAGAACUCCACGCGUCGGACGCCCUGAAGUGCCGCCAGUCCCUGAAGGCCCCCCCCUUCAUGAGGUAUACUGCGAACUUCCAGGAGAAGACGGGGGGCCCUGUGGUCAGGUCUUCCUACUCCAGAGCAGCCUUGAGGGCGCGCCAGUGCCACCACCCGUCCCACAG